AUGAGCACACCUUUUGGUUUAGACUUCGGGAACAACACCUCCGUGCUUGCAGUGGCAAGAAAUAGAGGGAUCGACGUUAUCGUUAAUGAAGUAUCUAACCGUUCCACACCAACAUUGGUCGGGUUUGGCCCCAAGAAUAGAUAUUUGGGGGAAGCCGCUAAGACCAAGGAAACUUCUAACGUGAAGAAUACAGUACGUAACUUGAAAAGAAUCAUCGGGUUAGAGUAUGACGACAAGGAGGAAUUCUCCAAGGAGGCCAAAUUUUCCACUUCAAAAUUAGUCAAAUUGGAUGAUGGUAAAGUUGGUGCUCAAGUGCAACUAGCUGGUGAACAACAGACCUUUUCAGCAGUACAAUUGAGUGCUAUGUUCUUCAACAGAGUGAAAAACACCGUCCAAGUGGAGACUAAAUCAGCCAUAAAUGACGUUUGUAUCGCCGUACCUGUUUGGUACUCCGAGGAACAACGUUAUAAUGUUGCAGAUGCCGCUAAGAUUGCUGGUUUGAAUCCUGUGAGAAUCGUUAAUGAUAUUACCGCAGCUGGUGUCUCAUACGGGGUCUUUAAGACAGAUUUACCCGAGGGAGAUGCUAAGCCAAGAAUCGUUGCCUUUGUCGACAUUGGUCAUGCUAAUUAUACUUGUUCCAUUAUGUCCUUCAAGAAGGGAGAAUUGAAGGUGUUAGGGACUGCAUUUGAUAAACAUUUUGGUGGGAGAGAUUUCGAUCAUGCUAUUACUGAACAUUUUGCUGAUGAAUUCAAGACUAAGUAUAAGAUUGAUAUUAGAACCAAUGCAAAGGCUUACAAUAGAGUGAUGAUUGCAGCUGAGAAAGUGAAGAAGGUUUUGUCAGCAAAUACUACUUCUCCAAUUUCAGUCGAAUCUGUUAUGGAUGAUAUUGAUUGUUCCUCUCAACUUUCUCGUGAUGAAUUGGAAGAAUUGGUAAAGCCUUUAUUGCAACGCGUUACUGAACCAAUCACUAAGGCCUUAGCCCAAGCAAAAUUAACCACUAAGGACAUUGACUUUGUGGAAAUCAUUGGUGGUACUACUCGUAUUCCAACUUUAAAGGAUUCGAUAUCAAAGGCAUUCGAUAAGCCAUUAUCUACCACCUUAAAUCAAGAUGAGGCAAUUGCUAAGGGUGCCGCUUUUAUUUGUGCUAUUCAUUCCCCAACUUUGAGAGUCAGACCAUUUAAAUUUGAGGACCUUCAUAAUUAUUCCGUUUCCUAUUCUUGGGAUAAACAAGUGGAGGACGAAGAUCACUUAGAAGUCUUCCCCGGUAAUUCUACGUUCCCAUCAACAAAACUCAUUACACUAUAUCGUACAGAAGAUUUUAAGAUGAAGGCCUAUUAUUCUCAUUCGAAACAUUUGCCUAGAGGCGUUUCCAAAAAUAUUGCCAAAUGGGAUAUCAAGGGAAUCAAGCUGGAUGAUGGUCAAGAAUCCGUCCCAGUCAAAUUAAAGUUGAGAUGUGACCCAUCAGGCUUCCACAUCAUCGAAGAUGCGUAUACUUUAGAAGAUGUCACAGUCAAGGAGGAAAUUCCAUUGCCGGAUGACGCACCAGAAGAUGCAGAACCUGAAUACAAAGAAGUGACAAAGACGAUUAAGAAGGAUAAAUUACAAAUAAUUCCACAUACUUUUGCCCUGGGUUCUCAUAUCUUAAACUCAUUAAUUGAAAAGGAAAAUGAUAUGUAUAACCAAGAUAAAUUAGUUGCUGAAACAGAAGAUCGUAAAAAUGCUCUUGAAGAAUACAUCUACAAUUUACGUUCCAAAUUGGAAGGUGACUAUGCCGAUUUUGCCUCCGAUGAAGAAAAGUCUAAAUUGAGAGAUAUGUUAGACAAAGCCGAAGACUGGUUAUAUGAUGAAGGUGAUGAUACCACCAAAGCCAAAUAUGUUGCUAAAUAUGAAGAAUUGGCAUCUAUUGGUAAUGUCAUCAAGGGUAGAUAUAUGGCUAAGGAACAAGAGAAAAUUGAUGCCUUAAAGGCAAAAGAAGAAGCUAAGAAGGCUGCAGCAAUGGCAGAAAAACUGGCUGCCGAGGCCAAGGCCAAGAAAGAAGAAAAAACAGAAGAAGAAACACCUGAACUUGAUGCUGAUGGUGACAUGGACCUUGAUUAG